AUGGUGGCGGCGGUGGUGGUAACGCUGAACGUGGCGUGGCGGGAGGAAGGGGUUGCGGCAGCGGCAGCGGGCGGUCGCAGGAUGCGCUUUCUGGAGCGCGGUCCGGGCUUCGCGGUGAGUGGGGGUGGCGAGGGGCGGGGCGGGGCGGCGUGUGGGAGCGCCGCCCCUCGGCAACCACUCUUUGCCGCCGCCGCCGGCGUCGCGACGUGGCGCAAGCCCCACGCCCGCGCCCAAGGCAUGCGCGGAAUAUUAAGGCAGAUUGCAUGCGGUGCGCAUCGGCACGAUCUCUUACGCACGCCCGCGCACUUAUAG